AUGGCUACCUCUAAUCUAAUUAUCACCGGUCUUUCCUUACUCACGCUCGCUGCCGCACAGAGCAGCACCACAACAUCCACCGAUACAUCUUCCUACGCUUCUCCAGCACCAGCAGGAAACUACUCUUCCUGCCCGACCUCCGUCGAUGAUCUCUGCGCAACAGCGGGCUCGACAAUUUUCUGCUACGACGAGAGCUCCGUGCUCUACACGCUUACCUGCAAUGCUUCUUUCGUGGGGGAGAUCUUGACGGACGUCAACAAUGGGGACGAUGAGAGCGGAUCAGCUUCCUCUACAAGCAAAAAGAGCAAGCGUGACUCUUUCUUCGACUUCCCCUACGUCACCUUGGCGGACUGCACAUCGGCUUGUGAUAGUCGUCCGAACUGCUUGGCUGUCAACGUUCUGGAUGGGUCGAGCUGUAUGAUGUUGGAUUCCAUCGUCGGCAUGAACAAUUCUUCUCCCUCCACAGUGGCUGCAUACAAGGGUUACUGGGCUUUAAACGCAACGAUCCCGUCCAGGAAUGGGACGAACGGGACGGAUGCUCCAGGUUUCAACUUCACGUUGCCUGGGAACUUUACUCUCCCACCGAAUAUCACUGUCCCGGAAUUCCCGACCAAUAUCACCGCCCCUUUAAAUGAGACUCUGCUUGCGAAUGAUACUUCGCCGGCUAAUACGACGACUUCGCUUGCUGAUCCGGUCACAACCGAUUUGCCAUUGAGCACUACUGCCCCGGACAACACAACUGUCAAUGCCGAUCCAACCACAACGAGCGCCGAUGUACCAGCUGCUACUUUGAACAGCACGACCCCAGACAACAGCAGAUACCCAUCCACAAACUACACGGGGCCCUACCCGUCAACAAACUACACAGGUACCCCAAGCUUCAACUCCUCCGCCCCACCAGGCUUCCCAGAUGCUUCGGCCUUCCCAACCUGUGACUCGGUCACUUGCUCAAUUGCAAACACCGCCAGCACACCCUUCUGCCACGACGAUCAGGAUCAGCUCUAUACCGUCAAUUGCGGCGUCACUUUCCUCGGCACUACCAUGUCCGAGGUGGCUGAUCUGGAGACGCUCUCAGGAUGCGCGGAUGCCUGUGAUGAAGUCGAGGGAUGUCAGGCUCUGAACUUCGAUAUGGUUUUGAGCAACUGCACGCUGGUCUCUGGAGCACUGGGUACAGAUUAUAGUAAUCCUACUGUCAUUGGUCUGUGGCGGGGAUGCUGGGCGCAGCCGGCUUCGAACAACACUGGGUCUUACGCUCCUACGGGCACCGGUCUUGUAGGCACCGCACCUGUCAGCGCUGGUUUCCCGGCUCCGUCUGGAAACGUAACGUCUCCUGCGAACACGACUAUCGCGGACCCAAUCACCACCGCGGAUCCUUCCUCAGCCGUACCGACACCCGCUGCUAACUUGACGACUGAUCCGCUCACAACCUCUGAUCUGAGCACGACUGCCUCAUCCGGCUUCCCUACACUUUCCGCUAACAGCACGGAUGGCGUUGCGGGACCUACGGGUACCGGCGCAUACCCUGCUGCGUCUUUCCCAAUUGGCUUCCCAGGGCCAUCGACCAAUUCGUCUGGUGGCAAUGUUACUUUCUCUGCUUGCAAUGACAACAUGUGCGACUCGGGCGAAGGUGUCAAUGUCUGCACAGACAUCAGCGGCCAGGUUUAUACUGUCAACUGCGGUCUUACUUUCUCUGGCGUUACCGGCAUCAACACGACCGCUGGUUCUCUCUCCGAGUGUCAGGCCAUGUGCGAUGACGUUGCAAGGUGUUUGGCCAUCAACUACGGCUUCGGACAAUGUCAAGCCGUCUUCACAGUGUCUGGCAUCAAUUACCCAGCUCCUGGCUGGACUGGUGCGUGGCGCGGUACCUGGCAGGGUGGUGCACCGCCUGCUGGAAAUUCCACCGGUGGGUAUCCUGGCAACUUCACUAUUCCGAGUGGAAACUUCUCUGCGCCAAGUGGGACACCGAUCAGUAGUGUGAACGCAACUUCCACGGAUUCCCCAAGCACUGCCACAAGUAGCUUGCCAAUCAAUAGCGCUAAUCUUACGACGACAAGCUCUGUUGCCGAUCCCGUGACCACUUCCGCUCCGGCAAGCAUCAGCGAUGUCAGCCUGACUACUUACACGACGACCUGCACGGAAAACAACACGGAAGUCAUCCACACCCACUCGGCUAUCGUAAGCGCCAACACUACUUCCGAUCCAGCUGCAAGUACCACUUCCGUGGGCACAGCGGCUACGUCGGGCUUCCCACAGAACUCAGCCAACGGCUCAUACGCAGCUGGCCCUACCGCCUUUGUUCCGACUGGCGUCUUCCCUGGUCCGCCACUUUCGACUGGUCUACCUACGAAUGUCAGCUCCUGCGCCGUGGCAAGCUGCGAGGCCGGCUCUGUCCCAUGCACUGACUCCACUGGUAUACUCUACACACUCAACUGCGGGACACAGUUCCUCGGUCCAGCCACCAACACCUCAGCAAACAAUCUCGAUGCCUGCCAGCAAACGUGCGAUGGAAAAUCUAGCUGUCUCGCAGUCAACUUCAAUGGCGCUCAGUGCCAGAUCGUUUCUGCUGUCGUUGGUAUCCAGACACCGGCUCCAGGCUGGACUGCAGCAUGGAAGGGCUUAUGGGCUGGUGGGGCACCCGCAGCGCUAUCCGGUGGCUUCCCUGUAUCAAGCUACAACGGAACAGGCCCAGCGUCGUCUGGUGCGCCGAUCAACAACGUCAAUGUAACGACCUCUGCGCCUCUGGUCACGGACCCUGCUCCGACAACGCUGCCCGUGAAUAGCACAGGCUCACUGCCUUUGACAACAUCCAGCGUUGUGGUCGACCCUAUCACAACCUCGGCCACAGACUUGACAACAUCUUCUGCCACCAUCUCGCUCGGCACAGCUACUUCUGGCUUCCCUGUCAACUCGGCGAACGGAAGCUUCCCAGCGGGUCCUACAGGCUUCCCUGCACCACCGAGCAACGUCACAGACUCUCCUUGCGGCAAUGGCACGAGCGCGACGAUCGUUGAUGCGAACGGGCAGCUUUACACUAUCAAUUGCGGUCUCAGCUUCCAGGGCAACGUCUCUCUUACAAUAGUUGCGGCGGCUGGCCUCGAGGGAUGCGCAGAGACUUGUGACUCUCUCCCAAUCUGCUUGGGCUUCAACUUCAGAGGCCAGUCCUGUGACUUCAUCGCAUCCGUUGCUGGAGUAUCUUUCGGCUCUCCUAUGUCGAUUGGCGCUUGGCGAGGAGAGUGGGCUGGUGGUGCUCCUGGUGCUCCAGCUGGCGGCAAUGGAAGCUUCCCAAUCCCGGGUGGCAACGGGAGCUUCCCGAUCCCAGGUGGUAAUGCAAGUGACCCAGUCACCAAUGUUACACUUCCUGUUGUGAAUGCCACAUCGAGCUCGGAGUCAUCGAUCGUUUCUACUACGUCUUCGGCUUCGGCUUCGGCUUCCCUUAGCAUUCCUGCUGUAUCUGCAAACACUACUUCCAGCGACGUGCCUGUAAGCACAAGCAUUAGUCCCGUUAAGACGGGUACUGGCAACUCAUCUCCAGCAGUCAACUCCAGCAGCACUUACUCAGUGGGGCCUAUCUCGACGGGCUCCCCAACCCCAGCGAACUCCUCAUACCCAGUCUGUUCGCCCACCGACUGCUCCGCACAGUUCUGUGUUGACGAGGCUGGUUCGCUGUAUUCUAUCACCUGCAACAGCGCAUGGAUCGGUACUACUUUGGAUCUUACGGUUGGCCAGGUUGUUCGUCGUGACGGUGUCACAAUCUUGGACUGCGAGGCAUCUUGCGACUCCUCAUCCGCCUGUAUCGCGGCCAACUAUGACGGCUCUUGCACAUACUUCUCUGCUAUCAAUGGCUUGGUAUCUGCGAACGGUACAGUCGCUCUGUGGAAGGGCUACUGGGGCUCGAACUUCGCUAUCCCGGGCUUCAACGGUACCACUCCAGGCGGCAAUAGCUCGUUCCCAGGCUUCCCGGCUGGUAACAGCAGCUUCCCGGGUGUUCCGUUAAACGAAACGUCGCCUGUCAAUGGUUCGGUCCCGGAUACGCAGAACAUUACGUCUUCCGCCACGAUCUCUAUCAUUGCUUCUACUUCGAGCAUCGUGACCGUGACUGAUCCGGCAUCCACUUCGUCUAGCAUAUCCAGCGCUUCGAAUACAUCCCUUUCGAUCGUCCACCCAUCCACUACUUCCGCCUCGUCAGGCUUCCCAGCCCCGUCGCCCAACAGCACGACGGAGAGCUACACAAUCGGGCCCAUUAGCACUGGCAGCCCAGCAUCGCCAAACUCUACCUUGGCUUCUUGUUCCGCCAUCGAGUGCUCGGCACCAUAUCAGCAGAGCUCCUGCCAGGAUGCUAAUGGUCAGACAUACACGAUCACUUGCGGCGUUGCUUUCAUCGGUAGCUUCGAGAGCGGCGUGUACAAGAGAAGCGCAAGUAAUCUGCUCGACUGCGAGAGCGCUUGCGAUGCCGACGCCGCCUGCGUGGCCCUCAACUUUGACGGCUCGAGCUGCGCAUAUCUGACAGCCGUCAAUGGUACCGCGGUCCAGAAUGGAUCUAUCGCAGCAUGGAAGGGUGUUUGGCUUGGUGGUGCGCCGCCGACUAACGGUAGUGCUCCUUUCUUGCCCCCGUUCAACAGCACUGGCCCGAGCAGCGGAUAUUUCCCACUCCCAUCGGACAACGCAACGACGCCGGCUGGUCCAACGGCACCAGUUACCGCCAGUGCAUCGACUACUUCCCAUUCAAGCUCGUCGGAUCCCACUUCCUCGCUCUCCACAUCUGUGCCCGUCGAUACUCCAAGUAUCUCGAGCACCGAUCCUGUCUCGCCCGUGACGACUUCUGCCACAAGCUCGGAAUCGUCGUCUAUCCCUGUGUCAACGAAUACAACCUCGAGCACUAUCUCUGUCCCAUUGACUACUGGCUCGCUAAUCCCCGUCGUCAAUGGCUCCAUCCCUACGAACCAGACUGUCGGCCGAUGCGAUGCUGUCGAAUGCUUCGCUCCAUUCGAGCAAUCUUUCUGCACCAACAACGCUGGACAGGUCUACACCAUCACUUGUGGCGUGGCUUUCCAGGGCACGCCAGGUGACCUUACACCCGCUGGUAGCCUUUCAGGCUGCCAAGCUGGAUGUGAUGCCUCCCCUGCCUGUCUCGCUGCCAAUUACGGCAACGGUACUUGCACUCAAGUGUCCGCUGUCACGGGUAUUCAGCGAGUCAACGGCUCCGUCGCUGCUUGGAAGGGCAUCUGGGCCGGUGGUGCUCCCUCUAAUGGAAGCUCGCCAUACCCGUCUUUCAACGGCACGGCACCCUUCCCACCUAUCAACGGCAGCGCCCCAGCACAGUCCGUCAAUGCUUCAGCCACUUCGAGCACACCAGUCGACCCAGCGACAACUAGCCUUGUAUCGACCUCAACAAUCUCGAUAUCUACUAGCUCUAUUGUGUCUACUAGCAGCCUGAGCACUUCCAGCUCGAGCUCGUCGCCUGUCACAACCUCGACUGUAUCCUCAUCCAGCAGCUCGUCUUCCAGCAUUGUUAGCACUUCAAGUUCCAGCACAUCGGUAUCCGUCCCUCUUACCACCGGCACGCCAGGCAUUCCAUCGAGCAAUUCGUCGCUUCCAGCAAACGCUACUGUGACCUCCUGCGGUGCCCCAGCAUCUGAGCUCUGCGCUGCAGGCUAUGGCUUGGGUGCAAGCAGCUUCUGCAAGGACACCAACGGCCAAGUUUAUACCACUACUUGUGGUGUGCAAUUCCUGGGACCGUCCGUCUCGAACACCACUGCUGCAUCUCUUGAGACCUGCACUGAGGUUUGCGAUGGAUCUGCUGCCUGUGUCGCACUGAACUACGGUAUUGAUGGUUCGUGCUCGCUUGUCAGCGCUAUCUAUGGUGUCAAUGCCAACGCUACCGGUUCCAUUGCUGCAUACCGCGGCAUUUGGGUAGGUGGUGCGCCCUCGGGCCCAGCUGGAGGCAACAGCACCGUGCCAUUCCCUCUGCCAGGCGGCAACUAUACCGUACCACCCACCACUGGCUCCGUCAUUCCAGAUUCCUCCACGGUGCCAGUAUCUAGCAGUGCUCCAGUGGACCCGGUCAGUAACAGUGCCUCGCCCAUAACCUCCUCAAGCUCCGUGUCUAGUACUCUUCCCAGUACGAGUUCGUCCAGCUCCUCAAUACCAGCGUCGACUUCGAGUGCUUCCGUUAGCUCUAGCCCGUCUCCAUCGACGUCUUUGCCGAUUGUAUCUGGCACCACAAGUCCUUCAACCUCAGGCGGACGCGUUAGCAGCACUACAAGCCAGGUCUCAACUUCAAGCGCUCCAUCGGCACCCGUGUCGACCGGUAGCAGCGGCUUCCCACUGUGCUCUGUCGGCCUCGGGGGAUACUGCUCCUCCAGCAAUGCGACUUUCUGCAGCGACACGACCGGCCAGACUUGGACACUCAAUUGCAACUCUGCUUUCAAUGGAACUGUCCUCUUCAGCCAAGAGAUCCUCAAGAGACAAAUCGCCGCCGCAUCCUCCACGCUCCUGGAUUGCGAGGCUGUUUGCGAUUCUCAAACUGACUGUGUCGCUCUCAACUUCGCCAACAGCUCCUGCACGCUUCUGAGCUCUAUCAAUGGUGUCAACCCAGUCACAGGCUCUAUUGCCGCCUACAAGGGCUACUGGCCACAAGCUGGAUUGAAUAAUGGCACUGCAUCUGUCAGUGGCUUACCUUUCGGCCCCGCCGGCGUGCCAUCGUUCCCACCAACCACCGCACCAUUGAGCACUGGUAUUUCUUCAGCUACCUCGUCGAUCGUUACCUACAAAGCAGUAGACCUGAUGAAGCCGAAGGACGUGCACGAAGUGUUUCAAGCAGUGGCUGGUCAAGUCGGCAAAAUCGACAUUCUGGUCUCGAACGCUGCGGCUCUACCAGCUCUCGGUCCACUGACCAGCUACGACUCCUCCGAAUCCAUGCGCGGAUUCGACUUGAACGUCCUCUCAGCCUUCAACGCGGUGCAGGCAUUCCUCCCUCACGCCGGACCUAGACCACUAAUCAUCAACAUCUCGACGGCUCUAGCUCACUUCGCGCCCAUGCCCGGCGCAAGCGGCUACGGUACUAGCAAAGCCGCGAACCUGAAGAUGAUGGACUACUUCGCAGCCGAGAACCGUUCCAUCCACGUCGUGAACGUGCAACCUGGUACCGUAACGACGGGAAUGAGUGCGCAGGUUGGUGUCAAGGCCCCGGAUCAAGCGGAUCUACCAGGCCAGUUCUGCGUCUGGCUAGCAUCGCCCGAAGCCGCAUUUCUGCGGAACGAAUUCGUGUGA